AUGAAUCAACCGAUACCUAUUUUCGACUCUAUCAGCUCAUCAGAUCCGAAGUAUACUGAUGAAAUACGAAUGAAUCGCGAAGACUCUGCAGCCAAUCUCAAGGUUUCGUCGCAGAAGCACGUCAUGCUGCGGGCUUGCGCUGCCUUGAGCGAGCAGAUGAACACUUUGUGGACGGAUGAAACGGUCGCAAAGUUUGGGACGUAUAUCAGUUCAGGACUAUCGCAUGACAACGAGGGCUGGAAGGCCUGA